GUUAGAAAUUUGAUAUUUAAUGUACAUACAUAUCGUGAGUCUCCUUCUUUCUCAAUCUAAACGACCUCACUCAUACACUCUCUGAGAAGAGGCAAAAAUCAAUUUCACAAUCACAUUUUCGACUGUUUUGUAAAUGGAAACCCUAGCUUUUCGUUGUACCAAUCCGCUUCUAGCUCCUCGCCGCACCGCCGCCGGACCUCUAACACCCUCCUUCACCACUAGUUUUGCCGUUAAAUGCGGCAUUUCACUUCCAUCGUUGGUGGACCACUCCGUUAAGUUCAAGGAAGCAGCCAAGGAUGGGAAUUUGAUCCCUCUAUACAGACCUAUAUUUUCUGAUCACUUGACUCCGGUGCUUGCAUAUCGGUGCUUGGUGAAGGAGGAUGAGAGAGAUGCCCCCAGUUUUCUUUUCGAGUCUGUUGAGCCAGGUUUAAAAGCUUCUAGUGUUGGGCGCUAUAGUGUUAUUGGAGCUCAACCAUCAAUGGAAAUUGUGGCGAAGGAGAACAUGGUGACCAUAGUCGAUCACUUUAAGGGAGAGAGGACAGAGAAGUUUUUGGAGGAUCCCAUGGUUGUUCCUCGCAUGUAUAUGGAGAAGUGGAUACCACAGCGAAUCGAUGAGCUCCCUGAAGCAUUUUGCGGUGGUUGGGUUGGUUAUUUUUCAUAUGACACGGUUCGUUAUGUAGAAAAGAAAAAGCUUCCUUUCACAAAAGCUCCCAUGGAUGACAGAAACCUUCCUGAUGUUCACCUUGGCCUUUAUGAUGAUGUAAUUGUGUUUGAUCAUGUGGAAAAGAAAGCAUAUGUGAUACACUGGGUCAGGUUGGAACAAUAUAAAAACGUUGAUGAGGCCUAUCAUGGUGGAAUGAAUAGAUUAGAAGCUUUAGUUUCAAGAGUGCAUGAUAUACAAACUCCUAGGCUUGCUGCAGGUUCAAUAAAAUUACACACUAGCCUUUUUGGUCCCUCUUCGUGCAAGUCCACCAUGACAAGUGAGGAAUACCAGAAUGCAGUAAUAAAAGCUAAGGAGCAUAUCCUAGCAGGGGAUAUCUUCCAGAUUGUCCUCAGCCAGCGAUUUGAACGUCGAACUUUUGCAGAUCCCUUUGAAGUGUAUAGAGCAUUAAGAAUUGUCAAUCCAAGUCCAUACAUGACAUACUUACAAGUCUGCCUACUCUUCUCUAAAAUUUGUUCCUUUAUUUUUUUGUUUCUUACAAUCUGUAACCAUGUCAUUGAUGAUCAGGCAAGAGGCUGCAUCCUUGUUGCUUCAAGUCCUGAAAUUCUCACUCGAGUUAAGAAGGGUGUAGUUACUAACCGACCUCUAGCUGGAACCAUACGGAGAGGCAAGACAGUACAGGAAGAUUAUAUGCUGCAAAAUCAGCUUUUGCAUGACGAAAAACAGUGUGCGGAACACAUUAUGCUUGUUGACUUGGGAAGGAAUGAUGUCGGAAAGGUGUCAAAACCGGGCUCCGUCAUGGUUGAAAAACUGAUGAACAUUGAACGCUAUUCCCACGUCAUGCACAUCAGUUCCACUGUUACUGGUGAGCUUCUACCUAAUUUGACCAGUUGGGAUGCUCUCCGUGCGGCAUUGCCCGUUGGAACUGUCAGUGGAGCUCCUAAGGUGAAAGCCAUGGAAUUGAUUGACGAACUAGAGGUGACUAGACGGGGGCCUUACAGUGGUGGUAUUGGUGGCAUUUCUUUCUCCGGAGAUAUGGAUAUUGCCUUAGCUUUGAGAACCAUCGUGUUCCCAACCAACAUGAGGUACGACACUAUGUACUCGUACAAGGACAGUGAGAAGCGCCGGGAUUGGGUCGCCCAUCUCCAAGCGGGGGCUGGUAUCGUUGCUGACAGUGAUCCUGCUGAUGAGCAGAGGGAGUGCGAAAACAAGGCCGCUGCUCUUGUUCGUGCCAUCGAUCUUGCAGAGUCAUCAUUCGUCGAAAAGUAACAUUGUUCAGUUCCCAUACUCCAUCCCACAAAUACCUCGGGAAAUUUAUAGAACCUAGUUGUAGAAAGAAAUCUUUCAUUUCACAGUAGGAGUUGGGUUUCCUCUCUCUCUCUCUUUCUCUCAAGUUGUAGAUGGAAAAGAUGGCUUAGAAUGGUUUCUUGCUCCAGUUUUUGUUGGACAUUUUGCAAAUUAUGUGAUGCUCAUGUUGUUGCUUGCAA